CUUGGCGGUGCCUGUCGUUUCUUCUAUUGGAACGCACAAAAUGAGAACGCUUUUGCCCGAUAAAAGCCCCUGAGUGAGCACGAGGCCCAAGGGGCGCUGUGCUGUCAUUCCUUGAAGCGACGGCCGCGGCCAGUCUGACCGGCGGCAGGUGCAGGCAGGGACACCUUCCCUGGGCCGGGAAAUGACACCGUCCGUGGCCGGGCAGGUGGCACACACCCCUGCCCCCGGAACGGCCGGAGCUCUCUUCAGUGCCCUCUCAAAUGAGAGGAGUUGGGUUUUCCCCUCUGACUGCGGACAUAACCGUGUUCUCACAGUAUAACGCUGAACAUGGUGAAGGGUCUGGCGGAGAAGCCUUUUGAGGAGUACCUGAGGUUGCUUGGCUUGUUCAGCCUGGAGGAGACUGAAGUCAGAUAUCAUUGAGGCCUUGGAGCUUCCUCAUGAGGGACAGAGACUGAUCUCUGCUCUGGUGAUCAGUGACAGCACACGAGGGAAUGGCUGAAGUUGUGCUGGGGAAGUUUAGGUUGGAUAUAAGGAAAAGGUUCUUCACCAGAGAGUGGCUGGGCACUGAAGAGGCUCCCCAAGGAAGUGAUCACAGCACCAAGCCUGACAGAGCUCAAGGAAUGUUUGGACAGGACUCUCAGGCACACGGUGGGAUUCUUUGGGCUGUCCUGUGUAGGACCAGGAGCUGGACUCGGUGAUUUUUGAUUUGCUGCAUACUGUUCACCUGGAGAGAAUGGCCUGUUGGGAAUUCCUGACUACUUUGGGCAUACUUCAGAAGUAAUACAGGCUGCGAAUGUGAGCUUGAAAAUUGCAUCAGGAUGCCCAGAGGUAAGCGAGCAUUUCUCUGGCCAGAACAGGAAGAUCUAUGGCAUGUUCUUGUAGCUGACCAGCAUAUAGAAGAGGACUUACUAAAGAUGGAUUUCAAUGUCUCAAUCGUAAUCCACGGCAAUAAUGAAACCUCCUAAGCAGCCACUCUGCCCCACCUCACCAGGAGUUACCUCCGUCCAUCCAAGGGGAAUUUCGCUGCCACAGGCCAGCAGGGGGAGCGAGUCCCUCCCGGGGGUGUCUGACCUGGCCCAUGACAGGUUGUAUAUGAGGUUUAAAUCUGCCAUAAAGAAGAUGGAGGAGGGGGAAACAAUGGUUUGUUGUCUAAUUCAGGAGACAGUGCCACAGAAGAACCCAAUCUGGGACUUAACCUGGGAUGCAAAAGAUCAAAUUCCUGUUUUCCAGCUCUGUUACAGCCAUCAUAAAGCACCUUAAGCAAAUCAUCCUGCCUCCAUUACCAUCUCUAACAAUGGAAAAAUAAUUUCUUUCACCAUUCUUUAUUAGUUCAUUAAUUCAGUGGGGCAGCAAGUAUGCCCUAUGGCUUAAAUGUCACAUGCUUAAUGCUGUAGGCAUUUUUUAGGACUUUGCUUAGACACCUAUGGACUUUAGCACCUCUGUACUCAGCAGCAGCAACACUACAUUGGUUCACAACAGCUAAAUGCAGAGUAUAUAAAAAUUUGACCAAGCUCCAGCUGACAGACAGAAGCAAUUCAUCUGUGAGAAGGAAAAUGCCAUUUGUCACAUAUGACUUAGGCCAGUUUCCAAGUACUUCAAAUAGAAGAAAAGAAACGCUACAAAAAGAAAUAUGACAGGUCUACACUGCCACAUCUAGAUUAAAUUACCUAGGAACUGCUGCAAUUCAAAAAGAAAAUACAGCUGCCAGAGCAGGAAGGUGUGGAGGAGCGAGAGGCGGCCCCCAUCACAGACCUGCGGGGUGUGACCCCUGUGCCUGCACCGCGCUCCGCUGCCCGAGUGACAGCUCCCAGCUCUCGCCGGCUCUUCCAGCGGCAGCUCCUCCCUUCUGGCCAGAUGGACAGCACAGCUUGGACUUGGGCUCCGGCUCCGGGGGACCCGGCUCGGGGCAGAAAGCAGCCUUUUAUAGCCGGCACGCCGCGGCUGCGGCUCACACCUACACGGUGCGCUGCCGAGCACAGCGCUGCUACCGGGACCCGCACCCCGCCCGCCGCUGCCCAUGGCGCCGCUGUCCCCGCUCCUGCUGUUGCUGCUGCCGGCGGCCGUUUACAAAGGCAUUUUUGGGGAAGCCCAUUUGAGAAAUCGGAGAGGAAUUCUGGAAUUAGCUGGAGCCAUCAGAUGCACCACAGGGCGCUCUCCUUUUGCCUACCUGCGCUAUGGAUGCUACUGUGGCCUGGGAGGAAAAGGAUGGCCCAAGGACAGAGUAGACUGGUGCUGCUUUCACCAUGACUGCUGCUAUGGGAGAGCAGAACAAGCAGGAUGUCAGCCAAAGACUGAAAGUUACCACUGGGAAUGCAAAGACAAUUCUGCUGUGUGUGACUCACUAGAAGAUGAAUGUCAAAAAAUGGCAUGUGAAUGCGACCGUGAAGCUGCCAAAUGUUUUUCUAAAGCUCCCUACCAUAGAAAAUACCUUUUGUGGCCAGACUUUCUGUGUGGUGAGAUUCAGCCUUUGUGUAGGUAUUAGAUACAAGACUCUUGUAUAUAUUUAAAUCUAAAAUUACUUUUUUUUUUGGCCACAUGAAUAACAACGAAUGAUUUUCCCCUUUCUUGAUACUCCUUCAUUCCACUCCAGCCUCUCCACCCCAAAAUGGCCAAAGUAAACAUUUUUCCUCUUAUUUA